UUACAAAGUUAGGAGAAUGAUUCCUCCAAUCACUACCAUGGAAGAUACAGUGGAAAAAGAGGAUGAACUUGGCAACACUGAACAGCCUCACUCCCCAGCAUCCACCAGUAGCCAAGAAUCAAAGCUACAGAAACUUAAGAAAUCCCUUUCAUUCAAGACCAAAAGCAUGAGAAGCAAAAGUGCUGACAAUUUCUUCCAGAGGACUAAUAGCGAUAUGAAACUACAAGCUGAAUUAGAACCACAUGUGAGUCCAAAAAAUACGUGCCAGAUCAAAAGUUCAGAGAGCCCGACAAAUACUCCAACCAAAACAACCCAGCAGUCCGACAGCAAAGCUCACACGUUUCAGGAACAUGUAUUUAAAAAACCAACAUUUUGCGACUUAUGCAACCACAUGAUUGUAGGAACAAAUACAAAGCACGGCCUACGCUGCAAAGCCUGCAAAAUGAGCAUCCAUCACAAGUGCACAGAAAGUAUUGGCUCACAACGUUGUAUGGGAAAACUGCCAAAGGGUUUUCGGCGAUACUAUAGCUCUCCUCUUCUAAUUCAUGAACAGUUUGGCUGUAUUAAAGAAGUGAUGCCUAUUGCGUGUGGUAAUAAAGUAGACCCUGUAUAUGAAGCUCUCCGGUUCGGAACCUCUUUGGCGCAGAAGAACAAGAAAAGUAGCUCUGGAAGUGGGUCCGACUCACCCAAUAGGAAUUCUACAUCUGACCUGGUAGAAGUUCCUGAAGAAGGUGAUAGUUCGUGUUUGCUGGAUAUAAGUAGACAACGCAGUGAUAGUGUUUUUAGCUACUUAGAAAACGGCACAGAAAAUUUCAAGGAGGAUGAGAAACGGAAGAGUAUUACUUCUACGUUAUGCCUUUACAAAGAGACAGUGGAAGUAUUUGUUGCCUUGUACAAAUAUGUACCACAAGAAAACGAAGACUUGGCAAUGAGACCCGGUGAUAGAAUAACUGUUCUUGAUGAUUCAAAUGAAGACUGGUGGAAAGGUCAAAUAGAAGACCGGGUCGGCUUUUUUCCUGCCAACUUUGUUCAAAAAGUUCAACCAAAUGAAAGACUUUUCCGGUGCUGCAGGACUUUUAUUGGAUGCAAAGAACAGGGGCAGAUAACAAUUAAAGAAAACCAGAUUUGUACAAGUUCUGAAAAGGAACAAAAUGGCUUUCUCAGAGUGAACAGUGGGAAGAAAAAAGGAUACGUUCCCUUAGAUGUGCUGGAAAACGUCUGACUUCAGAUAGUGGAUAUUACAAAUGGAUAAGCUUUCUGGAAAUGCAGGUCUGCUUCAUCUAGCACUGCGUUAUCAACAUGAGUCGUUCCAUCGCUGAAUCGACAAGACCUAUGAAAAUAGGAAAUCAGAGGAGCUUUGAGACUGUUAUAAUCUUUAAAAAAUACUUGGUUAACAAAUUGAGAAAAGAGAAAUUAGAUCUUUUAAAGCAGAGGAGGAAAAAGUUUUGCGUGAUAGAAAAUAACUUUAUGUCUUAAAAGGAAAUGUUAUACUGGGAAUUUUGAACAACAGGUUUGAAGGGGUAGCUUUAAUAAUUAUGCCUUUAGAAGAGCAUAUCUGGCUCAGCAUUUAUUCCUACAAAUAAACUGUAUUUCCCUGGACUAAGAUAUUAAAAUGAUCCUAACGGGAAAUGUAAUGUGCCUGCAAAUUUCUAUGUAUACAUUCUUAUCACUAAGUGUAUGUGUAAGAAAAUGUAUUGAGAAUAUCAUUUGAUGGAACUUGUGUCAUAAACAUUCAUGUUUAUUGUUCUUCUUUUGAUCAGUUUAUCGAGAUAUUUUUAUCUUUAUCUUCUUUUUUUACACACCCUUUU